ACCCCAUGACAUCACUUCCACAACACUAAGUAGUCCCAAAACCACAAGUACAACCAAUAAAUAACAUUCUCUGCAUACCCGGAACACCAAUAUUAACGCAACCUAACUGUCAAACCAAGCGAUACAUGUGACUUCGGAAAGAGAAAUAUGAAUGAGGAACAAGUUAGUGAAGGAUUGUGGGGAGCAGCCAAAGGCAGCCCAAACAACCUCACCGUUUUGUGCAACUUGAGGUAGGAUAUAGUGAGUGAGUGAUGAGGAGGAUGCCGUCUGUAAGGGACCAUCAUGGAUGCUACUGAUCCAGAGAACGGAGAGACAGCUGCCGAGGAGUGGCAGCCGGAGGACAGCUUUACCAGUAGUUCCUCUUUCCCAGCGGAACAGAAUGGCAGUGAAUCGGCGUCGUCAAAGGAUGAGGAAGGUUAUGACCAGCUUUCAGAAUGUCAGGACAGCCAGAGUGCACUGUCAUCCCCUGCUUCACAGACACACUUCUCCCCAGCAAGCAAAGAGACGCUGCAGAAGACUAGUCAGGAUGAUGUAAAGCGGAAUGCUGUGAAUGAAGAUGGGGAGCUAAGUGACUACAGUGAUGAAGAUGAGGAUUCAGAAGAUGAAGACAUGGGUGAAGAGGAGAUAGAGGAAGAAUUAGAGAGUGGCAACAUGAAAGAGGAACCAGAAGAGAGUGUGUCUGGUGCAGCCUCACUGCCUGAGGGGAAGGAUGAGGAGUCUAAGAAGUCUUCAUUCUCCCUUUACUCUGGGGUGAGUGACAUCAUCAGUGGGUCGUGUUCUUCACCGUCGUCAAACUCUUCAACUCCGUCCCACUCCUCAAACAAAACAGCCACCACCCCCUCACCCGGCCUCCAGAACCUCUCCAGCCUGGUGAACAAGAGUGGGGGUGGCGGCCUUCUAGUGCAUCACCCUGUCACACCAAAGAAACGUGCUGUCACUAAGACCAAGACUGACCACCUUAGUGAUGAGCUCAACCUAGGAUACAGGAUCUUGAUAGAGCUGAUGUCAGACUACCAGAAAGGGAGCAAUGCCCCUUUCAUGGAGCCUAUUGACAUGGAGUCUGAGAAGAACAAGGACUACUUGGAAGUGGUGAACAAACCUCUGUGGUUGAAGAAAAUCAAGGCAGAUCUUCUGGCUGGAGAAUAUUCAUCAAUCACUGAUCUUAUUGGUGACCUGAGGACCAUGCUGGAAAAUGCCUAUCGCUACUAUGGUCCUGCCAACUCCAUCUCCAAGAAGGGUUUGCGUCUGGAGCAUAUGAUGGAACAGAAAAUUGCUCUUCUUCCAAAAGAAGUUCGAGAUUUGUGUUCUCUGGAGAAAACCUCUGGUCAGCCGCCAGAAGACAUCACUCAAAAACACCGCAAUAAGACGGCCAAAAUUUCAGUUAAUGGGGACAACUUCUUCUCCUAUGUGAUGUAUCGUGUGCGUGGGUGCCGAGUGCAGCGGGACAAAGAACUGAAAAAGAGGAAGAUGGAGGCCAUGCGGCAAGCUAAGCGUGACCGUGAACAGGAAGUCAUAGACUGGGAGAAGAUGCUGAUGAAGGAACCACUUGAAACACAUAUGAGAGCAAUGUGGGAGCUGCCACAGAUAGGCCACUUCAUUUUCCUGACCCUGAAGACUCUCAACAUCUAUGAGGUCCCUCAGUAUGAGUUAGAGCGCAUGUUGCUCAUGCCCCGAGCAUCACGCACUCUGGCCAUGCUGCUCACUUCUCUCCUCUCUUCUCCACAACAAAGGCAGAAACUCAGCGAGAAACCUUAUAUGCCCUACAAAGUCUGGGCCAGAAAACUUGCCCACAAAACACUGCUGUGGUACAGGUGCUAUUACCGGGAGAAUCGCGACGCUCAAAAGGUGUUUGACCAGAUGGGGAUUGAGCCUCAAUUUUGGCUGGUGUGUGGUCCCACAAAUCCCUUUGAUCGCCAGUUGUUCCACGAGAUGACGUACCACCAGCGUGUUUGGCUUCUUAAAUCUCUUUGUGACUUUCUUUUAAACAACCAUAAAACUGUACAGGAAGUGAUAUCAGAGCAGACUGAGGCAGACCAGCGGGAGUACUACCUGGGCCAGGACCGAGAUGGCAAUGAUUACUUACACUUCCCUCAGUUUUGUGGUCAGAAUCUUAGAAUAUACAGACGGGCUCGAGUUCCUUCCCCUGAAGUGAAGGUGCAGACUGAGGAAUUGGUGGAAGGAAGCAUACUGCCACCAGAAAAAAUUAAAGAACACAGGAAAAUGAUGAGAAAGUAUAGACAGAAAUAUGAGGAGGAAGCAGAGUGGGAAGGUGCAAGAGGUAAGAAGAGGAAAAGAAGGAGAGGCAAGGGCAGAGGCAGGACAGUGGAUCCUGAGGAGGAGAUUGGUUUUAACUGUAGAAGUCGACCAGUCAACCUUCGGCAGCAACCACGGGCCAGGUACAAUGAUGAUCUGGACGACCUGGGUAUUUCCUCCGAUGACGAACCAAAGCCAAAACCAAAAAGAAAGUGGGCGGUGAUCUCUGACUCUGAUGAGAGUGACCAGGAGGAAACGACAGAGAGGCCAGAGGAAGUGGGUCCUGCUGAAGAAGGGGAAGAGGAUGAGUUGGCAGCCAGCAAUAGUCCUGCUGCAGCCCAACCUGAAAACCUCACCAGAGCACAACAAAAGAACCCGAGGACCAAACGGGCAACAAAGAAGAAGCCAACAUGUGAAAUUUGUGGAAAAACAUUCCAGAAUAUUGCUGCUUUGAAGGGUCAUCGAGCUGUACACACUAAGGAAAAACAAAAGUUAGCUCUCAAUGGAGAAGACAUUCCAGUGACAAACAAAAGACUAACUUUGGGUGAGGAGUCAAGAGAAACCUCUGAGGAGAGGACGUACAAUGGUGCUGAUAGAGCUGUGAGUGAAGAGGGUAGUGUAACUCAGAAUGGUGACUGUGUUCCUGAAGUGAAAAGAGAACUUGAAGAAAAAACAAGCGUAAAGGAAAGUGAUCUGAAAAGUGAAUCUCUUGUAAAUGGUACAGAUAAGGAUGAAAAUAUUGAAAAUGGAAAUUUGAAAGAUGACAUUGUGAAGACCAAAGAUGAGAUUGAAAGUAAGAUGAAAAUAGAAAUAAAAAAGGAAGUUGAAGUAAAAGAGGAAAAUUGGGAUCUUGAUGAUGAAAGUAAUGUUACUAAAGAGGAAAAUGCAAUUUUGGGUUUAGAAACCCAGUGGGAUGAUCCAGUCAAAAAAGAAGAUAUAAAGAAUACCAAGUGUAGUGACACUAAGACCAAAGAAAGAUCUCUCUCACCACCUAAGGAACUCCCUCCCAUUCAUGAUCCUGCACCUUACCUGCCCAACACUGACAUGUUUGAGUUAGUGGUCACAUCCGUGGAGCAACUGCGGGUGCUCAUUCAGAAAUUUGGGGACCUGCCAGAGGGCAUGGGCACAUCCGCCAGCACAAACACCAGUGCAGAGGUUGAUGCUGCAGCAGAAGAGGAAAAAAGCAGUCCAAAAAAAGGAAAGGAGGAUGGGAAAAAGCGGCCAUCUUGUGAGGUGAAGCUCCACAGUGCUCUGUGCAACCUGCUGAAGGAACUCAGUCCAUGGGAGACCAAGCUGCUGGGUGCCACCAAGAGACUUCGUACAAAGAUGAAGCAUGAGUGGAAUGAUUUUGAGAAGAGAGAUGUGAACUAUGUGGAUCCAGCAGAGGAGGCGUGGAUGAGUGACCCCGAGCCUGAGCCGGAGCCACCACCACCACCAGAGCAAGAGUCCUCUUCAUCUUCAUCCUCAAGUGAAGAGUCAGUUGAUGAGGAAGGAAAUCCAAAGCGCAAGCUGAGGAAGAGGAAGGCGAAGCGGCAAGCAGUGACACAGAUGAUGGAGACGGCUGCUCCUCAAGUGGAGACUCCAAGCCUGGCACAGGAAGAGAAUGCUGAUGGGUACGCUGUGUCCUCCCGGGGCCGAGUGCGUAAAGUGAAGAAAAUGGUCAAUUAUGAUGGCCUGGACUUUGAAAAGCUCGCCAUGCAAGCAUCUGAAGAAGCAGAGCUAGAAAGAGCAAGGAAAAGGAAAAAGAGGGAGGAAGAAGAAAAGGAGAAAGAAGAAAAAGAAGCCAUAGAGGAACGAAACAGUACUCAGCCUUCAGGAGUUCGUCGCUACUUACUCUCCCAAGCAGGACAUGUUAUGGGCUACAUUGACAACAAAGGCCAUGUACAUUCUGGAACUGGAGGCAAAUUAGCAGACCGUUCUGUUCAAAAUCUGGCAAGUCAAUUGGUUGCAGCUAAUAAGAAGGAAAGUGCAACAACGCCCACUAGGCCAGGAAUGACAUUUGCAAAGAACACCUUCCAGAACAUCAAUGUGAAGCCUGAUGUACCGAAAGUGGUGGUGGCAGCAAUCGACGAUCACGGCUCUCCAGUGUACGUCCGAGUAGUGGGUGAACAGGCCUUGCAGCUGGUGAAGUACAUGCGGCCGUGCAUCAAGGGACGUGUCUCCCAGAUCAAGCUCCAGCACCAUGGCCAGACUUACACUGUUAAUACAAAUGCUCACAUGAUCACAAGCAACAUUCCAGGCUUACCUGAUGGUGAGGCCACUGUAAAGCCUGCAUCAUCUGUUACCACAGCCACAUCUACCUCAAAUGUGACCACAGCUAAGCCUUUGACUAACCUACAGAGCUUAGCUACCAACAAUUCUCCAAGUGUGCCUCGAGUGGCCCCAAUAUCCUCGGUUGUUAGUGGUGUCUCCUCACCAAACACCAUAGCUUUAGCUUACAGAGGAGUGGCUAAACAGACGAGACCAACAACUGUGAGUGCACCAGUUAGACCACAAGCAGCAACCAUCCCUAAGACCACUAUUCAGCAGGAUCCCAACCGUCUUACAUCUGUAGCUCACACAAGGCUGGUCUCGGCUUCCCCUUCAGUGGUGUCAUCAGUUGUGCCACCAACUGUGAGAACACAAACAAGUUUAGGAUCUUCACCCACAAAACAUGGUAAUUUAAUUGCCAUAAAUCAGUCUGGAAACAGGCAACCUCUACCCACAAUUGUGGCUCCUGCAAGACCACAAGUUACACCAGUAGUAAACAGAAUUGGAAUGCCUACAAAUGUGCUGCAGUCAGAAGGUAGUCCAGUGCGUCAAACAAAUGCUCAGCAACAGGUUGUGGCUGUACAGUCUCCAGCAGCUGUGGCAGUGGCUCCAACGCAACCUUUAGGUCAGACAGUAACAGCUACACCUGUGGCAGUGCCUGGACCUGGGGGACAGACACAGGUACAACUGAAGCUUGAAUCAGAAUCUCUGGCACAGCUCAUGCAACGGACAGGUAGUAAAAUUGUGGCCUUACCCAAUGGACGAGGAGGCUAUACCUUGUCCCUCACACCUGGUGCUGUUCAACCAGGACAGAAGAGUCAGACACAGAUAGCUGCCAACACAGCAGCCAAGGUGCAGGUUGUAUCUGGGGCAAAUGCUUUAUUAGAAGAUACACCACAGCUUCAAGAUGUACAGCAACAGUCACAGAUUGUUCAACAGCAGAGUCAUGUUAUAUCCCAAGGAGUAGCUCAGCCAGCUGUUGUCUCACAACAGACAUCUCUGGCUCAGCAGAUUGGGGUCAAACAGGUUGUACCAGCCAGUCAAGUCAAUGUGUCUGGGUCAGGGCAGGUUGUUUCAAGAGUUGGUGUGCAACAAAGAGUUUUUGGUAAUUUGGUAUCCUCUCCACAAGGAGCAAGAAGUGCACAAGUUCCUGUGACAGCUGUAAUUGCUUCACAUCAGCAAGGAGGUACUAUUAUAAACACAAGCCAAGCAGCAGGUGUACUGCAGAAAGUGACAAGCACACAGUCACAAUUGACUGGUGCUCAGGCGGGUCAGCAUCAGAUUGUAUUACAACAGCGAGUAGCAGCCACUGGUACCCAGGCUGCUGUGUCUCCACAAGUCAAUCAAGGUGUUGUCCAGCAGCCUGCUACCACUUACAAACAGGUAGUUGUUAAUCAGCCAGUCCAGCAGGUUGCACAGCAAGUAGUCCAAGUAGCUCAAGGAUCUGUAUUACAACAGCAGCAGCAACAAGUUGUGAGGUUACAUCCUGUAUCUGGGAGUGGCAGUCACCGGAACACUCCCACUCAAAAACUUGUUCAAAUUGUACAGCCUGGAGGGGGUCGUCAAGUGGUGCAAAUGGUUCAGCAGGUGGUGGCAAGUCAGGGUCAAGGAAAUCAGGGACAUCAACAACUGAUAUAUGUCCAAGGAAAUGGACAAGUGAUUCAACAACAACCAGCUAAGGCAAACAUUGGAACUGUUCAACACACACUGCAGGGCACCACAACAUUACAGCAAGGUCAGGUGCAGCAAAUUGUUGGACAGCAAAAUCUUGGUGAGCAAAAGUUACAGCAACAAAUACUGCAGCAACAAACACCUGGUCAGUCCCAGCAACACAUAGUACAGCAAAAACAAGUAGCACAAACACAAGUUGUGCAACAGCAAACACAACAAGUCAUGCCACAGCAGUUAGUUGUGCAGCAACCACAACAACAGCAGCAGCCCCAGCAGCAGCAACAAACUGUAGUUCAACAACAACAGACUGUAGUCCAGCAGCAGCCAGUUGUUCAGCAGCAGCCGCAGCAACAAGUAGUUCAACAACAGGGUCGGUUAGUCUUGGUACGAACAUCUCAGGGAGAACAAAUGGCUCUUCAGCUGCCAGAUGGAAGAGUCUCGCUGCUGACACAGGAACAGCUCCAAGCAGCAAUAAAUAAUGGCUCUAUAAAAGUUAACCAACAAAAUUAGUUCCUGAAUCAGUCAUGCAGUAGUUACAGCUUCUCUGUGAAUGGAUGAGAUGUAAACAUAUUUACAUGUGGUAAUGUAAGGAUAUUUUUCCACAUCAUCUGAAGGGAUCAAAGCAGUUCUUCAUUAGAAAUGUAUCUGUAGUGAAGAGGGAAUCAAGACAUGUCAGUGAGUACCUGUUUUCUGCAGUAAUAGGUAAAUGCAGUCAUGUUUUUGUUUAAGAGUACAUACACACCGUAAACGUUUUCGUUAUCAACACUUAUAUUCUGUUUUUUUCUUUGCAGGAUUUUUCCAUGACUCGAGUUUGACAAUGAUGUCCCUUAGAACUUUCUUCUAGAAAUUGUCUUAACUGUGAUGAAUUUAGCAUUAAUUAAUUAUGCAAAUGAUAUGUAUUGCUGCAGUCAUUUGGUUUUUUUCUUCUUUUUACCGAAUUUACCGUGUUGCAAACUUUGCUUUCCUUUUCAAAUUCAGACACGUGAAGCAGGCCAGGAGGAAACUGCUUGCUAGUGAAACUACACUUUUGCCAAAGUACGAAUUUUGAACAUACUUUUUCAUAAACAGUAGAAUGUUAGAUUUCAUAGUGUUUAAUUGAAACAGGAAAGUAAAAGAUAUGUACAAAUUUAUAAAAUAAAUUUCUCAAAGUGAA